AUGGCGAAGCUGGCGCGAUCGCCAACGGCCUCCCCGCCGGCGGCGGCAGCGGAGAGGCACCGCUCCGCGCCCGGGUCGGGGCUCCGGUCCCUCGCCAGCGCCGCCUCCGGGUGGUGGGACCGGUGGGCGGUCAUGGAUUCCGGCCUCUCCAAGCUCGAGAGGGCCUUCGGCGACAAGUUCCCCGAGGGCGAGCGCUACUUCGGGCUCGAGAACUUCGGCAACACCUGCUACUGCAACAGCGUCCUCCAGGCACUGUAUUAUUGUGCUCCAUUCCGGGAGCAGUUGCUGGAAUACUAUAGCAAAAACAGAAAUCUCGAAGAUGCUGAAGAAAAUUUGUUGACCUGCCUAGCAGAUCUUUUUUCACAGAUAAGUGCAUCAAAGAAAAAGACUGGUGUUAUCGCUCCAAAACGUUUUAUUCAAAUGGUUAGGAAACUAAAUGAAUAUUUUCGCGGCUACAUGCAUCAGGAUGCCCAUGAGUUUUUGAAUUUCUUACUGAAUGAAAUUGUUGAUAUUCUGGAGAAAGAGUCUAGUUCUGCAAAGGAUUCUCCUGGGACUACAUCUCCUGAAAUGGUCUCAAAUGGGGCAGCUGUUGAUGGAGUUAGAAAAGAACCACUGGUUACAUGGGUACAUAAGAAUUUUCAGGGUACUUUGACUAAUGAAACCAGAUGCCUAAUGUGUGAGACAAUCACCGCAAAGGAUGAGACAUUUUUUGACUUGAGCGUUGACAUUGAACAGAAUAGUUCACUCACAAGCUGCCUGAAGAAUUUCUUUUCUACCGAGACUUUAAAUGCGGAUGACAAGUUCUUCUGUGACAAGUGCUGCAGCUUGCAAGAAGCAGAGAAGAGAAUGAAGAUAAAAAAGGUGCCACAAACAUUGGUGAUCCACCUAAAGCGCUUCAAGUUCAUCGAGCAGCUUAACCGGAACAAGAAGCUGUCGUACCGAGUGGUGUACCCCUUGGAGCUUAAGCUCAGCAGCAGCUCCAGUGAUGCCGUUGCUGACUGUGAGUACUCCCUCUUUGCCGUGGUGGUCCACCUGGGUAGCGGCCCCAACCAGGGGCACUACGUAGCCAAGAUCAAGAGCCAUGACCAUUGGCUGUCCUUCGAUGAUGACAACGUCGAGAUGAUCCCGGAGUCCACCCUACAGACGUUCUAUGGCUCUUCUCGUGAAUAUUCGGGCAACACGGAUCAUGGCUACAUCUUGUUCUACGAGCGCAUUGGUGGGAACGGAGAUGAGAAGACGGACUCCUCCGACGGAGUGUGA